ACAUCUGCUCCUUCGGUCCCCAAGACUGUCACACUCUACAGCACCAAGGUCGACACCAUCACCAGCUGCGCUGCUGACGUGACGAACUGCCCUGCCAGAGUUCUUUCUACAUCUUUGAUCGCAACUGGCUCUUCCUCGGCUGGUGCUGUUAUGCCCUCGUCUGCCGCCAUGACUUCGGCACCCGCAGCCCCCAAGACUUUGACCAUCUACUCUUCGGUUGUGGCUACCAUCACCUCGUGCGCUCCUGACGUUACCAACUGCCCAGCAUCGAGCACUGUUCAGACCACUUCGUACUACGCCGUCGGUACCACCGUUUCGCAGGUGUCUGAGGUUCCUGCUGUCACUGGUCCUUCUGAGGUCGCACCUGCCACUACUGCUCCUGCAGCCGUUGACAGCAGCUCGACUCAGCCUAUGACUACCAUCACCUACUCUUCCGAGCUCGUCGUUCCUGCCACUUACACU